CGGUUAUUACAUGUCAACAUGUCACUUCUCCGAGUAUGUGCCUUCGCUAAAUGUCUGAAUCGUCGCAGUUUAUUUGAAAAAUGUGCUGUUCGCGUGUCCCUGGUGAACCACUUUCAGCUGUGUUUGUCGUUAAGAAACGGAGCAGUUAGACGGAUAUCAGAGACACCCUUCAAGCUUCAAAGAAGAAAUGUUUCAUUCGUAAUCCCAAGGAGGGAAGAUGCAAAGAAACGUGUACUGGAACAGUCUCAGUUGUUAGACGUGCUUGAGGCCAGGAUCCAGCAGCUCCAAUCUGACACUGUUUUAAAUGUCCAACAUGCAAAGGUGCAAUUUGUUAAAGCCCCCUCCUCUGGAAAAGUGGUUUUAUCUGGUAAAGGUCCCAAAAGCACCCCUAAGGAGAAAACUGAUAUUCCUGAACCAGGACAUACUGUUGCUAAAGGAGCUUCUAAAUUUCAGCUGAGCCGCUGGAUGGAAAAAUUAACAAAGGAGGAGAAAAACAAUCUCAAAAUACAGCAGGGCCUCAAACAAAAAACUAAGACGAAUGCGAAGAAGAAAUGUGUGGACAAAUCUAAAGGUAGCAAAGGCAGCUUGACUCCCGGUACAUCACACAAAAUUAUAUCUACCAAAGCUAAAAAGACUAAACCCUUGACUGCAAAAAACAGAGGUCAAACUGAAUUGAGUGAUAAGAUUACUGCAGUUUCUCCGACACCACUUCCCAGUGCAGAAGGCCCAAAGCAGACUCUUGCUGAUGCUGAUGCUGAUGCUGAUGCAGAUGUUGAUGUUGAGGCCAUGGCCAAUGAGCUGGCUGAGGUGGAGGAGGCUGAGUUGAGGCUUGAUCAACAAGAAAGCCAGUGGGAAUCUUCAAGUGGACUGCAGCCUGUCAAGAAGCGCAAGAAGGGAACUGUGUGUGAGAACAUGCAGCUGAGCAUUCGCUGUUUCCUAGAGACUUGUGUGUUUGUUGGGGACAUUGAGAGGGCACACAGGGUCCUUCUCACCCAGCACAGAGCUUUGAGUCGACGUAAACAUCUGAACACAGACAUCAACAACAUCUUAAUGAGGAUGUGGGCCAAGAAGGGCUCAUUAAAUCCUCUUGGACGUAUAUUUAUUCUAAUAGAAGAAGCUGGUCUAAAGCCAAAUGCAGGAUCCUACUGUGCUGCCUUGGAGUGCAUGGGCCGCAAUCCCAGCUGUCCCCCAAGGGUCAUCACAAGGUGCCUAAAACAGAUGGAAGAGGAUGGCCUGUCUGUCGACGACCUGUUCAGCCAGUGUAUGUUCCGGCAAGAUGAGAGAGAAAUGGUGCUAAAGGCCGUGCACAACGUCCGGCCCGACUACCAGCCCAGCUUCAGCGCAGAAACAAAGCAGUACAUCCCAGCGCUUGUUCAGGACUUCUACACUCAGAGGGCAGACCACCAUUACCCUAAACUGGACUUCACUCGGGUGGAGCUUCAGGAGCGUUUCAAACAGCAGCUCAGGGUGGAGCAGGCCUGCAAUGUCACCAUUGACUCUGUGGAAGAUACCAAGCCAAUCACUGAGAACAUGGCGAAAAUGAGGAAGCUGCUGGCGGAUCAGAAGGCACAAUGGGAAAAGAUCCUCCUCCAGGUCCUGAAGGAGAGAAAAACAAUACUGGCCUUCAGCACCAACACCGCCAAGCGCAACGCGCUUAACAUGUAUCCCUACCUCUGUGUGCUGAAUGAUAGGGAGUAUGUUGACAUCAUGAUACAGAGUAUUGCCAAACUGCCUCCCAGUGGACUGUCACUGAAGGUUUUCGCCAGCGAUUUAGGCAACAGGGUCCACACCAAGUACUCGAUUCUGCAGAAACACCAGAACAAAACGUUAGAGAAGUUGGGCAACAUUUACAACACUUACACGGACCUGCUGGCCAAAGAUUCAAAGGAUUAUGCGCUUCUUCCCCGCGAGCAGUGGUGUAAGCUAGAGAUGGAGCAGAACUCGGGACCCAUGAUGCAUGGAGAAGAGAACAGCUGGCCAAACAUCAUUGCCAUGGAGCUGGGCACUUACAUGGUGGAUAUGAUGGUCAAGAGCCUCAAAAUUAACAGCGACAUCCUGAACCCGGCUAUGGACAAGAAGCUCAUCCCCAUCCUCUACCACAUGUACGCCUUCCGCAGCACACGGCAGAUCGGCUUCAUCAAACCUCACCCCAUCCUGACUCAGAUACAGCAGGAGGCCAUGGAGACCAAGUUGACCUUUGACUCCUAUGUGAUGCCGAUGCUGUGCCCUCCUUUGCCUUGGACCUCUGUCAAGUUCGGAUCCUACCUGCUGACACCCACCAAGCUGAUGCGCUCAGUGGAUGGGGCCACACAACACGAGGCAUUGUUGGAGAAAUGCCAGAACCUCGAUGCAGUCCUGGACUCUCUCAACCAGCUGGGCAACUGCGCCUGGAGGAUCAACAAACCAUUGUUGGAUAUUAUUAUUUCCAUCUUCAACGAUCGGGGUAGUGAGAAGCUUGAUAUCCCUCCUCCUCUGUCAGAGGCCCCCAAAAUACCCCACUUCAGUCUGCAAGAUCCUGAUUAUACCACUUCAGAGAAAGCCCUCAUGAAGAAGGAGAUGGCUACUGCCAGAAAGAAAUGCAAUGAGAUGCACAGCCUUCGUAUGUCCGCUCUUUAUAAACUCUCCAUCGCCAACCAAAUGCGGGAUAAGAUCAUCUGGUUCCCUCACAACAUGGACUUCCGGGGACGUACCUACCCCUGUCCUCCGUACUUUAAUCACCUAGGAAGUGAUGUCACGCGGGCUAUCCUUGUGUUUGCAGAGGGGAAGCCCCUUGGUCCAAAGGGACUGGACUGGCUAAAGAUCCACUUGGUCAAUCUGACAGGACUGAAAAAGAGGAGCUCACUAAACGGACGGCUGCAGUAUGCCAACACUAUCAUGACGGACAUCCUGGACUCUGCAGACAACCCCCUCAAUGGUAAAAAGUGGUGGAUGAAUGCAGAUGAGCCUUGGCAGGCUCUGGCCUGCUGCAUGGAGAUAGCCAACGCUGUGAGAUCUCCAGAUCCAACACAGUUCAUCUCUCAUUUUCCUGUUCACCAGGACGGCUCCUGUAAUGGUCUCCAGCACUACGCUGCUCUAGGCAAAGAUGUUAUUGGUGCCACAUCGGUCAACCUCGUGCCCUGUGACGUGCCCCAGGAUGUGUACAGCGGAGUAGCACAGCAGGUGGAGGAGUUCCGGGUGCAGGAUGACAGGAGCGGUGUACAGAUUGCUAAGGUCCUGAAGGGCUUCAUAAACCGGAAGGUCGUCAAACAGACGGUGAUGACUGUGGUGUACGGGGUCACACGCUACGGUGGACGCCUCCAGAUAGAGAAAAGACUGAAGGAGAUUGAUGAGUUCCCCAAGGAACAUGUAUGGGAUGCAUCUCAUUACCUGGUGCGCUUGGUGUUCAGUAGCUUAAAGGAGAUGUUUACGGGGACCAGAGAGAUCCAGGAUUGGCUGACAGAGAGCGCCAGGCUCAUCUCCAAGUCUGGCCACACUGUGGAGUGGGUGACACCCCUGGGUUUACCCAUAAUUCAACCCUACCACUGCAUACGCCACCAAGUGCUAAAGAGCAACAUGCAGUAUAUCAGCCUCGAGAUCAACUACGACAUCAAAGAGAGACCAGACACAGUUAAACAGAAGAAUGCCUUCCCGCCAAACUUCAUCCACUCGCUGGACUCCACACACAUGAUGCUGACUGCUCUCCACUGCUACAGUGCUGGCCUGACUUUCGUCUCAGUUCACGACUGUUUCUGGACCCACGCCCUCACUGUGGACAGCAUGAACAAGGUCUGUCGGGAGCAGUUUGUCGCCCUGCACAGUCAGCCGAUCCUUCAGGAGCUUUCCACCUUCCUGCAACAGAAAUACUGCAACAGACUCUUAACGGAGGGCAAGAACAAGAAGUACCAGGAGCACAGGAGGCUGCAGCAGCUGCUGGACAAUGUGCCCCAGACAGGUGAUUUUGAUCUCGAGCAGGUGAAAGAAUCCACUUACUUCUUCAGCUGAGAGACUCAUGAGGGCGAGCCAGCGGAGGGUGAUGAGUGGAAUUGACAGAGUGCAGCGGGGAGGCUGCAGGCCCCUGGGUCUCGCCUGGCUUGGUCUCCCUCAGACAUUGGGACAUUGAUCCAGCCGCGCCCUGCCUGCCUCCUGGUCCGCAGGCUGGCGGGAGCUGCUGGAGGCGUUAACUCACAGUGAACCCGCCUGAUUAACUGACUAUUGGGCUGAUGGAAGGGAGGGUGGGAUACUCAUCCGUGCAAAAUGAUGAUGGAAUCAGCACCAGAUGGGAAUGUUAAGACUUCAAUCAGUAAAAAGCACUUCUAAUAAUGGAUACUAAGGCUAUAUUCAGGUGUGUGUGUGCAUGCGCACACACGCGCAUGUGCGUGCGUGUACAUGAGCCAUACUGACUUCAUCACUCAGCAACACUUCGGCUGCUCAAAAAACUUUUCACCUUCACGGAGUGACUAAGCACCUGACAAUUGCUCU